CAUGGUUAUUUACAAUGACACACCCCCAGAGACGUCAUUCACUACCACACACAUGUUGCAAGAAUUUUAUCUAUUGCGGAUAUAAACAAGAAUUUACAGUAUUGUGGGAUGGUUAGCUUGGCCACAACAUCGUAUAUUCCAAGAUCAAUAUAUACAGAAACAUUUUAGGAGUUGUGAAGAAAAACCGACCUGCUUUUGAUACAUAAUCAGCGUAUCACAACUCGUACUCAGUAAAAUCACAUCUCAGUUUUACUGAGUUAGAUCUAAAAACCAAAACUUGGGCAUAUAUUCAGACUAUUUCUCAUCAUUUCACAUUUCGUUUAUGUAAGCUGGUCUUAUUUGUGGACAGGACCUACAUACUAUGUGGGGAAGACAAAUUCCCCUUUCAUUAUGGAAACUUAUUGGAAGGAAUACUCGUCAGCUAAGAAAGUUAUCCUCGCUUCACAAUCAACAUCAAUUAUCCAAAAUUGUUGUAUCGGCAAGUAGCAAAGAAAAGGAUGCAUUGACACAAGGAGUUAAUAGCAAGUUUGCCAACCAUUAUAGACUGGUCAGUGAGGGGGGCAGCUCUGGGCCUGAAAAUGUCCCAAGUACGGAAAGUGACAGAGAGGAAAAUAUUGAUGGCUUGAAACAAAGGAGUUAUGUAUCAACCAUACGAAGUGCAGAAGAGCACUUAUUUGAUAUGCUGUGUGACAAUAGUGGAAAAAUAUCUAUUAAUCGAUUCUUAAUGGCUCUCUAUGCCACAGGAUUGCGGCCCAGUGACCCUAGGUUGGCAGAGGUAAUGAGGAAUUUCUCCAAUGUUCAACACAGCUUUGCUCUGACUGAUAACUCAGAUCCUUUACUGUUGGACAUUGAAACAUUCAAACAAUGUGUAAUGGACAAUAUGGAGUUGAUAGGCAGAGCAUUCCGGAACCAGUUUGUGAUUCCAGAGUUCCAGGAAUUUGCUGGUGUUAUAGACUCAAUGUAUCAUAAAUGUUUGACAAACACAGAAGGAAAGGUAGCAGACUACAUCCCACAACUUUCAAGAUUUGACCCAGGAUUAUGGGGAGUGUCAGUGUGUACAAUAGAUGGACAGAGGGUCUCAUAUGGGGAUACAGAUAUGAACUUUUGUCUUCAGUCUUGCAGCAAACCACUCAUGUAUGCUCUGGCAUUGAAUGAGUUGGGCUCUGAUAUUGUGCACCAAUAUGUCGGCCAGGAACCCAGUGGAAGGCCAUUUAAUGAAAUCUCACUCAACUCUAAUGACAAGCCCCACAAUCCAUUGAUUAACUCUGGAGCAGUUGUCAUCACGUCCUUACUGAAGAAUAACCUGAGUCUACCAGACAGGUUUGAUUAUGUGCAGACUCAGUUCAAAAGAAUUGCAGGGGGAGAGUUUCUAGGAUUCAGCAAUGCCACAUUCCUAUCAGAAAGACAAACUGCCGACCGUAACUUCUCCCUGGGUUAUUAUAUGAAGGAAAAGAAGGUCUUCCCCGCCUCAACCAAUCUCAUGGAAACAUUGGAUUUCUACUUCCAGCUCUGUUCCAUUGAAGCUAAUUGUGAAUCUGCUAGUGUCAUGGCAGCAACACUUGCCAAUGGAGGAAUAUGCCCAAUCACAGGGGAUAAGAUUUUAAAUCCCCAGAGUGUACGCAAUACUUUGUCCCUAAUGCAUUCCUGUGGCAUGUAUGACUAUUCGGGACAGUUUGCCUUCAAGGUAGGCCUCCCAGGCAAGUCUGGUGUAUCAGGGGCUAUAUUGCUUGUUGUACCAAAUGUGAUGGGAAUAUGUGUAUGGUCACCUCCCCUGGAUGCAACGGGGAACAGCUGUAGAGGCAUUCAGUUCUGUGAUGAACUUGUGCAGCAGUUCAAUUUUCAUAACUAUGACAACCUAAAGCAUAGUGACAAGAAGGAUGACCCGAGGAAGAGGAAAACAGAACUCCAGGCACAGAAAAUUGUGAAUCUCAUAUUUAGUGCAUGUAAUGGGGAUAUAACAGCUCUAAGGAGGUUCGCUCUCGCUGGGUAUGACAUGGAGCAGUCUGACUAUGAUGGCCGUACAGCGCUACAUCUAGCCGCAGCUGAGGGACACAAUGAGAUUGUGAAGUUUCUCAUUGAAAGAUGCAAUGUAAAUCCUCAGCCUACAGACAGAUGGGGUUUCACUCCAUUGGACGAUGCCAAGAGAUUCAACCACCAGUAUGUCAUAGACACUCUAAACCAUUUUAGUAUGAAACCAUGA